AUGGCUGGUUCAGAGAGAAGAAACACCCCGCCGACACGGCUACAAAGCCAAGCUCCGGCGUCCAUUGUGAUAAACCGAGCGUCAAAUUGGAACGUGGCAAUACCCUUGUUGACCCCUCUUGUAUCAGCUUCACCUUGUGGUAAUUCAAGCCAGGAUGUGUUGUUGACGGCUGAGAAUAAGGCGAGGGAAGAGACCAAAGGGCUAACCGUUACCAAGUGGCAACACCCGGCGUGUCCGUUUCUGGCGAAUCCUUGGUGGACAACGCAGGUGGGGCUGUCGGGAGUGGAUCAUCAUCACCCCACAGCAAUCAACUCGCCCAUUUACAAACAAAGCGAUGAAAACAGCGGCGGUGGAAGCGGCAGUCGAGACGACGACGACGAAGACGACAACAACCGUGACGAGCUUACAGAAGGGGCGGUCGAGGCUGGAACUCGAAGGCCAAGAGGUCGUCCACCUGGAUCUAAGAACAAACCCAAACCGCCUAUCUUCGUCACGCGUGACAGUCCCAACGCCCUAAGAAGCUACGUCCUAGAGGUCGCUGCGGGGUCUGACGUGGCGGAUUCCAUCGCUCAAUUCGCCCGUAAACGCCAGCGUGGCGUCUGUGUUCUCAGUGCAACGGGUUUGGUUGCUAACGUCACUUUGCGUCAGCCCGCUGCCCCUGGCUCCGUAAUGCCACUCCAAGGAAGGUUCGAGAUUCUUUCUUUAACCGGCGCGUUUUUACCUGGUCCGGCCCCACCUGGGUCCACUGGCCUGACCGUUUACUUGUCCGGCGGUCAAGGGCAGGUUGUCGGCGGUAGCGUCGUUGGGUCGCUUGUAGCUGCUGGACCCAUUAUGGUAAUUGCUGCUACUUUUGCUAAUGCGACAUAUGAAAGGUUGCCUCUUGAAGAUCCCGACGACCAUGAAGUUGGCAGUGGCUCCGCUUCACACGGCGGUGCGAGAAGCCCACCGCCGGAAAUUAGAGGCAGUGGAGGAGGGCAGAUGGGAAGUGGGAUGCCGGAACCGACUUUGCCGCUCUAUAAUUUACUUCCGGAUAUGAUGCCCAACGGAGUUCAGCUUGGGCACGACGGGUACGCUUAUGUCCGGCCACCCUAUUGAAAUUUCAAAUCAUUUAGCCUAACUAGACAAAGAACAUGAUAUGAUUAUGAUGAUCUAUUCAACAAUUAGGGUUGCUGAUGAAAAUUUAAAAAAAAAAAAAAAAAAAA